GUCUGGACAAGGAACCUCCUUGUCAUCUGUUACACCGAGCUGCACAUCUGAGUCAGUGUCUGUGUUUCUGUAUUACUGUGUAUUUGUGUUGGUCGUGACCGAACUCCAAUGGUCUGGGGAGCCCGAUAUUUUGGAGCUCAGCACACAUCUGAAGGAUACGUGUCCCUGAGGAGCGAAGUGUCAACCUCGCCGUCUGAUUUUAUAUUUUCAGUUUUUCUCCAGAGUCGCGCUAAGCGGUACCUUGUCGCCGGCUGUCUAUUUUUGUUGUUUCUGUUGUUUGUCUGCCUCAUUGUGAUUUUAGAAUACCCCAAAAUGGGACAACAACUAACCACCCCCCUGAGUUUAACUCUAGAUCACUGGAGAGAAGUUAAGAGCCGAGCUCACAAUCAAUCUGUGGAAAUCAAGAAGCACCAAUGGAUAACCUUUUGUUCCUCCGAGUGGCCCACGUUUAAUGCUGCUGCGGCGGUUCCAGAUGACGUCCAAGCAGAGGGACCGGAGGUCGCUCCCUCUCCCAUUGCGGGUCGACUCAGAGAGAGGAGAGGACAGGGAGAUUCCUCACACAUCCUGCCCCUCCGACUCGCAGGAGGGGAAGGAAACCAGUUUCAGUAUUGGCCCUUCUCCGCUUCAGACCUGUAUAACUGGAAAACUCAUAACCCGUCCUUUUCCCAAGACCUGCAGGCCCUAACAGCCCUGAUAGAAUCUAUCCUCCUUACCCACCAACCCACGUGGGAUGAUUGCCAACAGCUCCUGCAGGUCCUCCUAACUACGGAGGAAAAGCAGAGAGUCAUUCUGGAAGCCCGAAAGCAUGUCCCGGGGGCAGACGGGAGACCAACCCAACUGCCAAACGAGAUCGAGGCUGCCUUUCCCCUCACCAGACCCUCUUGGGAUUUCAACAUGGCUGAAGGUAGGGAACACCUACGUCUUUAUCGCCAGGUGCUUGUAGCGGGCCUCCAAGGGGCAGGGAGACGCCCCACCAAUUUGGCCAAGGUAAGGUCAGUGACACAGGGAGCAGACGAGCCGCCCACUGUGUUUCUAGAAAGACUUAAAGAGGCAUAUCGGAGGUACACUCCCUUUGAUCCAGACAGCCCCGAUCAGGAAGUAAGUGUUUCCAUGUCUUUCAUAUGGCAAUCAGCUCCUGAUAUUAGGAGUAAGCUCCAAAGAAUGGAGAAUUUACAGGGACAAGGUCUUAGGGACCUCUUAAGGGAGGCAGAGAGGAUCUUUAACAAAAGAGAAACACCAGAAGAGAAAGAAGAAAGACAAAAAAGAGAGGAAGAAGAUAGAGAGGCAGUGAGAGAUUGAAAGCGAAAUAAAGAAUUAAGUAGAAUCCUGGCCACAGUAGUGAGAAAAGAAAAUGAAGUCAGAAUAGAAAGGGGGGGAGAUCAAGGGCGUGUCCGGUUAGAAAAAGACCAGUGCGCCUACUGCAAGGAAAUAGGACACUGGGUAAAGAACUGCCCCAAGAAAAAGAAAAAACAGCAAGAAGAAAAAGCUGAGAUCCUCAACCUCGAUUAGGGAGGUCGGGGCCAGGAACCCCCACCUGAGCCCAGGGUAACUCUUCAUGUGGGGGGACAGCCAGUCACCUUCAUGGUAGACACUGGGGCGCAACAUUCCGUCCUCACCCAAACGACUGGCCCGCUUAGUAAAAAGACAAUAUGGGUAGAAGGGGCUACUGGAGCAAAGCGUUACCGCUGGACUACAGGCCGGAAAGUCCAGCUCGCCUCAGGGACCGUGACUCAUACCUUUUUACAUGUACCAGACUGUCCCUACCCUUUGUUAGGAAGAGAUCUACUAACCAAGCUUGGAGCACACAUUUAUUUUGAAAGAAAAGGGGCUAGAAUCACAGAUUCCACAGGAGCACAGAUACAGGUACUUACCCUCCAACUAGAAAAUGAAUACAGAUUACAUCGUGCCCCCGUUCCUGUCCAGGAGGGCAUGGAUCGGUGGUUGUCCAAAUAUCCAGAUGCUUGGGAAGAAACAGGAGGAAUGGGGCUGGCCAUCCAUCAGCCGCCCCUAAUCAUUGAACUGAAGGCCACCGUGGCCUCAGUAGCUGUCAAACAAUAUCCCAUGGCGACCGAGGCUCGCCAAGGAAUUAGGCCACAUAUCAAAAGACUAUUAGAACAAGGGAUAUUAAUCCCAUCCGCGUUUGUACCUGUCGGGUGGGGCUCUGGGACCAGCAGGCAGAGAGCCGCACCAGGUCGCCACGGCAACCACCGCAGCCCCAGCCAUCCCCAGGGACACGGAACGGAGGGAAGCGGCCUAGGGCAGGCGGGAGACGGCGGCCGCCGCUUCCUGGUGCUCAGCGCUCCUUCCCCAAGCCAACACCGGCUCUUCCCCUGCGUUCUCGGCAAACCUAAGGCUCAGCUCCAAGGAAACGCCAGCCCGGUACUACUCGGGCUUUUUCCUGCGUUUCCCCCGAAGACCGGGAUCUGGCCGAGGGCCCGCGAGCGUAAAGGGGGCGCGGGAGGAGGGGAGCAAUCUGGGCCUUGCACUCGACCUCACCCCGCCCAGGCGCGCGCCACACCAUAUAAGGACUGGAGAAAGCGGCCCCGCCCCCCCCUUCCCCAGGGGUUCGGCUCCGCUCUCCCUCUGCCCGACCAAUUGCGAUCAGGCUCCGCCUCUUUACCCUAA